AUGCUACUCAACAUAGUUUCGUUAUUACUUCUUGUAGUAAAUGUGCUCAAUGGUGCUCAAUGGCCGAUACCUUACGAACGAGUAUCGAGUCGUCCACCAAAUAAUCCAUAUUGUCAACCUGGAUUAAUUCUGUUUUGUCCUACUGGUCAAGCAAAAGAUUCGAUGAUAUUCGCGCAACCAAGUGAUACAAUUGAAAUUUUCGCAUUAAAAAAACCGGUUUGGUCAUUCAAAUUUGGAGAUUUAAUGGCGAAAUUUAAAAUAAUGCAUGAUGCACUUGGAUUUCGAAGUCAACUUACCGGAAAAAAUUGGACGAUGGAAUGGUACGAAUUAGAUCAAUUAUUCAAUUGCACAUUUCCUCAUGUUUUACCUAAUGAUACGUUUAUAUGGUGUAAUCAGGGUGCGUUAUGUGUCUAUGAAGGUAUAGUUGAUUCCAUGUGGAAUGGAUCAUCCGAUUUGAGUAUGUUGAAGAAAAUUGGAGAAACUUCAGGUGUGUUUUAUGAAACGUGGUCAAUUUGGUCUGAUCCAGGCACAGCUGCCACAUUAUAUUUUGAUUCGUAUGAUUGUGCAAGUUUUGUUAUUCGUUCAUUAAAUACUUUAUCUCAAUAUGGAGUUCAAUUCUACAGUGAUGUUCGUUUGAACUAUACACGCUUAAAUAUUUACUCGCAAGAACCUGAAUUAAUUGGCACAUAUGAUUAUAUUAUUCAACAUACAAAUUCUUCACUGAAAAAUGAUUUUAUCAAAUUUUACCGCGAUUUUGACUCGAAAAAGCCAACAACAGAAGAUUGGUUAAAAUCACUACUUCAAAUAUAUGAAUCAUUCUUUAUUCAAAAAAGGUUUUAUUUUUAUUAUAAUGACGUCUAUUGGUAUUUACGUUUGAAAGCGACACCACUCGAAGUAACAUUUGAUGAAAUAUCAAUAGGUGAAAUUAUUCAACCAAAGUAUGCUUGA